AUGGAGAAUAAGUCUGCGGACGCUCAGGGCACUGGGGGGCCCCACGCGCAGCAGGCGGGUGGUCCGCCAGCAGUGGCUAUGCAGCCUCUGCAGCAACCUCAAGGUGUACAGCCUCCUCAUCAGCAAGCUGGAAUGGCCGUGGCAAUGUACCCGCAGCCGCAGGCGGGUGGUCCUGGGCCCAUCGGUCCGCCGCAGCCAAUGCAGCAACCUCAAGGUGGACAGCCUCCUCAUCAGCAAGCUGCAGUGGCCGUGGCAAUGUACCCGCAGCCGCAGGCGGCUUUUCCCCAACAUGGCUACGGAUUUGUGCAGCAGCCGUACUAUCAUCAACAGGUCUAUAGCCCAUCGCCAAAUGCGCCUGCCGCGUCUUCGGCUCAAGGUGCUGCUCAUUGGCCGCCUAAUGGAGAAGGACAUUCCCCCAUGCCAGCCGGGCCCUCAUGUUCUGGGCAGUUCUGGUAUCAAUCGUUUGCCUCCAGGUUCAUAGACCUGCUCCCAAGCCAUGGGCAUUUGCUCCUGGAGAUGCCACGGUCUCCAGCACCUCCAGUAAUGGGAGAAGGAAGAGGCCAAGGAAGCCGGAGUUCGAAGCUGCUAGUGCAACAUGCGCGUUGUGCUUUGAAGAGAAGGCACCGUUGUUUGCUUUUACACCCUGUGGACACUACCCAUACUGCAACGACUGUAUAUUUAGAAGCUCUAGGGGAUCUAUAA